AUGGAGCAUCUACAGAGACAGGUUUAUCUUCACAUAUUGAACGAGCAAGAAUUGGAGGAGAACAUUUUAAAAAUGAUGCUCUCAGAUGAAGAUAAACCAAAGAGUAAAACUGAUGAAAUAUUCUUGACAACAGGAGAAUUGUUCCAUUCUUUGAGGUUUCAAUUUAGAAUAUCCCACAAUUACAUAAGUGUGUUUGUCUCUGAUGUACUAACAGCUAUAUGUAAGAGACUAAAAAAUGUGUUAAUGCCUGCACCGACAGAAGACACAUGGAAAGCAAAUUCAAUAGAAUUCUGGGAAAGAUGGAAUUUUCCAAAUUGUGUCGGUGCAAUUGAUGGAAAGCAUGUUAGAAUAGUGUGCCCUUCCAAAAGUGGCUCUCAAUUUUUUAAUUAUAAAAAUUAUUUUUCAAUAGUUUUGUUAGCCAUAGUGGAUGCAGAGUAUAAAUUUACAGCUGUUGAUGUAGGCUCCUAUGGUAGAGAGGGUGACAGCAGCAUAUUUACUAAGUCUGCAUUAGGCAAAAGUUUGUAUGAAAAUACAAUUAAUUUCCCUCAAGAUGCUGCAUUACCUGGCUCACAGAAAGUGUUACCUUUUGUAAUUGUUGGAGACGAAGCCUUUCGGCUUCACAAAAACUUAAUGAAGCCCUACAAUAGAGUGCAGGCCAAGGAUGACUUCCAAAAGGCAAUCUUUAAUUACCAUCUAUGUAGAGCCAGGCGGGUUUCUGAAAAUGCUUUUGGAAUUCUCUGUCAAAUAUUUAGAGUGUUUCACACUCCAAUCGCUGUUAAAGCAAAAACAUGUGACUUUAUAAUUUUAGGUGCAUGUCUUAUCCAUAACUUAAUAAGAAAUGAUGCUCGAAUAUCCUCGCAUCAGAGCAACGAAGCUGGUAGCAGUACAAAAAAUAUGAUUCCUUUGAAUAGAAGUGGAGGUUUUGCCCAAAGUGAAGGAUUUAAUGUGUGA